CUGUUUCAUGUGUCGAUCGAGAUCCGUUGAGAGCAGUGCUCUAUCGCUGUGCUUCAACGAAGUAGAAAUAAACAAAUCAUUUAAAACUAAAGAUUUCAUUUCAGUUAGCAGCAUAUGCGUUUUCAGGGCUAAAUCGUCAGAGUCUAGAGAUACCGCGCACGUGACACGAAAAGGAUAGAUCGCUUGUCUGAGAAGACGUCGAAAAGUAAGGCUCGGCCACAGGUAGCUGUUUCGGCUCUUAAUAUCAAAGUACAGGUCAUGCGGGUGUCUUCGGACGGGGGGAGAGCUGUGAUCCAGUGGUGCCGCUGCUAGUCGACCCGUUGGACUGAUCGCUUUUGCCGCAAGCUCAGGAGGAACGAAGGAAUAAGCAUGUCCCGAAGAAAACAGAGCAAACCCAGGCAGAUCAAACGCUCAAUUGGAGAUCUGAAUGGGGUAGAGGAUCCAUCUGAUGACGUAAGCAUGUCAGGCGAAGAGGGCGGAGCUUCAGACCAGGAGGAUUCUGCCGAGUGUGAUGGUUCAAGUCCCUCUUCAUUCCCACCUCUUUACAAUGAAGAGCCGAGAACACACGAGUCGCUGGGGGCACAAGAUGAGUCUGAGGAAGAUGAGAAAAGACUUCGCUGUUCUGAAGACGAAGAAGAGGAGGAAGAGGAAGAAGGUGAACCUCAUUGGAACGGCCCAGAUGAUCUUAUGCUAAGUGGGGCUGCUGAUGACCUCAAGGUCCUGGCCCUCAGGGAUCUGCCGGUUGACACUGUUUGGGGUCCAUUUUCUGGCAGCAUCCAAUUAGAGGAGCCCACUGAUGGAGUCACCAGUGAGAACUCUGUAAUGUCCUUGGAGUGUGUGGAGGCAGACUGCUGGCUCAGGAGGAUACCCGUGACCUCAUGCACCACCGAAUCAAACUGCAUCAUCUACAGUCAGGGAGGUGCAUUAUUCUGUAAGCUCACACAGGAGCUGUCCAGUGGAGAUGCACUCGUGGCAACCCUGUCCUGCGCCCAUGCGGAUCAGUCGAAGGCUGUUCAGACGUCCAGCGUGCGGGUGAAGGAGGAGCCAGCGUAUCCCGCUGCACUGCACUCGGAGAUUCAGCUCCUCCCACAACAGGCUGGCAUGGCUGCCAUCUUAGCAACUGCAGUUGUUAACAAAGAUAUUUUCCCAUGCAAAGAUUGUGGGAUCUGGUACAGAAGUGAGAGAAAUCUUCAGGCCCAUCUCAUGUACUACUGCGCGAGUCGGCAGAAGCAGCAGACGGCGGCCUCUCCACCACAGGACAAGCCUAAAGACUCGUACCCUAAUGAAAGGAUGUGUCCCUUCCCACAAUGCAACAAAAGCUGCCCCAGUGCCAGCUCUUUGGAGAUCCAUAUGAGAACUCACAGCGGAGAGCGCCCAUUUGUGUGUUUGAUUUGCCUGUCGGCUUUUACCACAAAAGCAAACUGUGAGCGGCACUUGAAAGUCCACACGGACUCGCUGAACGGCGUGUGUCACGGCUGUGGUUUCAUCUCCACUACACGAGACAUCCUGUACACCCACCUGGUCACGAGCCAUAUGGUUUGCCAGCCUGGGUCUCACAGUGAGGUGUACUCGCCCAAACUCCCUCUGUCCACAGGCUUGAGUCCAGGAGACUCUGGAAUUGUCCUGAAAUGUCAAGUGUGUGGCUACUCUGCCGAAACACCUGCCCUUCUCCAGCAGCAUGUUCACACACACCUAGAAGUGAGGGUUCCAGCUGAACGAAGCCCUACACCGCGUCACAGCAGUCCUCCCUCCUCUGAACUCCCAGAUCCCCAAGAUGGAGAACCUGCCGCCUGUGUGUCCAGACCCGAUUCAUCCAGCCCAGGAGCCAACGGCAGCUCGGCCACCUCUCGUGGCUGCAGCCCCCAGAACCAGCUCAACAUCAAAGAAGAACCACGGUCGGACUACGAAACCGAUUCGAAGGAGGAAGAAACAGUGGACAGCCCUCCAAGAAAUGCUGUGGAGGGGAGCUCAUCUCAGUCUGCUUCACCUAAGAGUCCCUUGGGGGUGGCAGUUAAAACAGAGCCGACCAGUCCUACUCCAGGUUCCAGCCCCGUACACCCUGGAACCGGAGGUUCGGUUCUCCCUGGAGGAGCAAUGUUCUUGCCGCAGUACAUGUUCAAUUCUGAGGCUGCCAUUAUGCCGCAAGCAUCCGAGAUCCUGGCUAAGAUGUCUGAGAUGGUACACAGCAGACUUAAACAAGGACAGGGUCCGGCGCCUGGACAGCCGGGCUUUUUCCCAUCAGGUUCCCCCGCUAGCGUUCACAAGGGAGCCACUUGCUUUGAAUGUGACAUAACCUUCAACAACAUCAACAACUUCUACGUCCACAAGAGACUUUACUGCUCGAGCAGACAUCAGCAGGGCGAGGCCACAAGUCUGUUGAAAGAAGGGAUAGCCGCCGCCACUGCUGCUCCUCCCGCUGCCCAUGCUGCGUCACCACAGGCCAGACCGUUGAGUCGCACAGCUUCAGCAUCGCCUAGCUACUCAGACCCUGCAACAGGAGGAACGGCCUCAGAGCCCAAAUCAGUGGAGGUGAAAAGUGAAGAUCCGGGGAUGAAGGAUGGCACCUGCUCCUCUUCCUCAGAGGGGGAGGGGCCUGGAGGAGGUCAGGCCAGCGAGGGAAGCCAAAGUCCUAGCGGGUCUGCCGAAGACCCGGAAGAUGAACUAACUCGCACGUUCUGCCAGGCCUGCAAUAUCCGCUUUAGCCGCCACGAAAACUACAUUGUGCACAAGCGUUUUUACUGCGCCUCAAGACAUGACCCCUCCAACCAGCGGCCACAUGCUGGCAAGACUGCCUUCCUGCCCCAACCUAUUCGCACACGUAAGCGCAAGAAGAUGUACGAGAUCCACAUGGCUCAAAGUGAGGCUUUGGCCAACGCUGCCCCUUUGACGGUAGCAACAGGCCUCGGGGUGAAACAGGAAGCUGCUUCGGUUCCUCCACCAUCAACACGCAGCUCCAGUCCUGAUGGUGAUGGUCCUAUCGACCUUAGUAAAAGACCCCGGCUGAGUGAAAACCAGAGAGGGAGCAGCAUUCCGGCUGUGCCACUUACCGACUACCACAAGUGCACCGCUUGCAGCAUCAGUUUCAACAGCAUUGAGAACUACCUGGCACACAAGACCUACUACUGCCCCGCAACAACCCUGCAGCCCCACACGCUUGAGCAGCUGAGCCGGCUAAAGAGACCCGCCUCCACCUCACCCAAAAAUCGAGCUGUGGACCUGCACUCUGAUGCGAAGGGUCUUCAGAUGGGAAAAACCGCUGCUGUUGGAAACCCAUCUUCAUUACCUGGCCCUGAAUCCGCCGCUCCUAACGCUGCACAUGGAGCAAAGACCCCCAACAGCCCCCCGGUGGUCUGUCCCUAUUGCCCUCCCAAUAAGCAGUUGACUUGUGAUCUAGUGGAACAUUUUAAAAUGGCUCACGGUCUGCUGGUCACCCUACAUCAACAUCCAGAGACACGCUCAGCUGGAGUCAGUCCCAGUCCUAGCCUUAGCCCACGUGAUGGAGCGCCACUCACCCCUCCUAAACCAAGCCUCCGACCACAUAGGGACAGCGUGAAUGGCCGGACCCUCAAGUUAGAAGCAACCUCUCCUUCCUCACCCAUUCUUAAUGGGAAGCCUCCAGAACACCACUCUGGUUCUCCAAAAAACACACCCCCUGCCCUGUCGCCUACCAGUGUCCCUCGAACUGUCUCACCUGUGCCUGAAGCUCUAAAAGAUGUGGGCCACACCCCCGUCCCCCCGCUCAUUCCUGAAAAGGCAGCCCUGUCACUAAGCCACACCCACACGGCUUCAGCCAUGCCCAAAACGCCCCUCGCCUCCCUGCAGAACGGAAACACUCGCUUCUGCCGGCUGUGCAACAUCAAAUUCAGCAGCCUCUCCACCUUCAUUGCACACAAAAAAUACUACUGUUCCUCCCACAGUGCCGAACAUGUCAAGUGAGUCCAUUCCUGCCAUUCUUCUCAUGCAUAGAAGUGCCAACCAUGGCACUACCUGACCUCAUACAAGACAGAGUGCGACAGCAGAACUGUUACUAGCCAGACACGGAGGUCUCGGUGCUGACCCCAUUGGUUCUGGUGUUGUUACUAUGGUAACUUAUUACACGUUAUGGGUCAAGUUUGUAUUACACUAAGAGAUGUAACUACCUGCACAAUGCCCCAAUGACCUAUUCCCACAUGCUUGCAAACUUUUUACAAGUCAUACCAUAUCUGCUGAUGAAGUUAGCUUUGGACUAAAUCGCUUCUUUGCUUUAAUGUUUAAUUAGGUUUUAAUCGAUUGCAUUGUAUGUGGGUAAAAUAUUGUUUGUCUGAGCCAUUCUUUCUAAAUCGCUGAUUUAGGGUCACAUCUGACCCCUAGUGGAGGUCUUUAUAUAAGACGUUCUGCAAAUCUUUAGUUAUUCUGUAAAAACUGAAUAACCCCGAUGGAAGAAGUUUUGAAUUUUAAACAAAUGUGAAGUUAUUUUUAAUUUGAGUCCUCAUGCAUUUCAGUUAAACAUUACCUAUUGUCUUUACAAGGUAAUCAUUUUAUUGUUUUGUCAUACUGUCCAAAUGACACAUUUCAAUCCUAAUGUGAUAUAGUUUCUUCAUUUUUGAAUGUGUUUGACUUCACAUUGAGAAGUAAAUAUGUAAGUGUUGUUUUAGUAAGGGUGAAGACGGCACACGCUCGCCGUUUCGUGUCAGUAUUUGGUCAUGGCUGCCAAACAGACAUUUUUUAACAGAUUGUUCUGCUUCUUCAUAAAGGACAGUGAUAAGGUUUAGAUUUUGAAGUUUAAUAUGUUUGUUCUCUGGUCACCAGCUCACUCUGUCUCUAUUUCAACACAAACUUCGAAUCAGAAAGCCUUUUUGACCUGAUAAAGUGUCAUUUGUAAGAUACUCUGGAGAAUUUCACUGUUCUGAACAUGUUUGUUUGGCCUUUUUUAUUUUUACCUGGAAAUGAAGUAUAGUAUAGAAAGAUGCAUAUCAAUGUCUUGCACACUGUCAAGCAACGUUGAAGGCCACUGAAAGCAAGAGAAUUUAAAACUGACUCACUCGUUUCUAUUGCUCCUUAAGGUUAUACUGGCAACCCGGCGUCCUUGUCGAUCUCUCUGUUUUUCUUUUUUGUGACUCACUGACGUUUAAUUCCCCUCUGUAACCAAGUUAAACCACAGCGUCAUGCAAUCUGUGCUUCUGAGCAGGCUACCCUGGCAAAGCCUUAACAAAGACUCUCGUCAGCGUGUCUGCAACAACGGGUCAUUAAUGUUUCACAACGUUGCUCAAUCUCUGCCACCAAGUGGACUUUACGGAUGUUACCAGUGGUGUUUCCCAUUUCCUUUGUUACAAAAGCAUAAACUACGAACAGAAAGGCGCAGAACUGUGCGAACGAGAACAGUUCAAAUUUCUCUGCUGUUGUGGGUUUGAAACGGUGCUGCACCUGUUAUAAAUUCACACUGAGGCGUUUACAGUUCCAUUGUUUUAUCAUUUAGCGACUGUCUCAACUGUCUAUGAAAGAACAGUGCUGAAUGCCCUAUUUUGACCUUUGCUGAUCCCUUUUCUAUUGCACUGUGUUGUACAAAAAUGCUGAAUGUUUUAGUUUUAGAAGCUUUUUUGUAAUGUAUUUAUGUUUUUACAGCACUUUUCCUGUCCAAAUCCUGUCCCCGAAGGACUUGCUCGUGAAUUUAGAACAUUCUAACACAAGUGAAAGAUAAUUAAAAUACUUUGUGAAUAAUUAAAAUGUUGAUGAAAAAAUAA